UACUAUUAAAGACAAUUUAUGGCAAUAAACUGCUGUAGUUAAUGAGUUAAUUAAAGUUUCUUGAUCGGAGAUCUGACUAAUUUUGAGUCUAAAAUAGUUUUAACUUUUUUUUUCUAAAAUAUUUAAAUUUAGUUUCUAAUUCAGUAAAGAUAAAAGUAAUGGCUUCUCAAUUAUUACUAGUUUUAAUAAGUAUAAAUUUAUCAACGGUUGUAUUUUGUGAAUUUGGAGAUUUACGUUGCAAGUGCAUUUGUCCAAAAGAGAAAAAUAAUACCUCAAAUAUUUUUGUUGUAAACACAAUAACACAACCAGAUGAUUGUAAUUGUGAAAAUGUUGUGAAAAGAAAUGAAAACUUUUGUUUAAAGUGUGAAUGCAAGUUUGAAGCUCGUAAUUCAUUACUUAUUAAAGUAAUAAUUAUAUUUGUUUUAUCAACAAUUGUUUUUCUCUAUGUUUACAUGUUUGUAGUGUUUGUUCAAUCAAAAUGUAAAUCAUCUAAAUUAAGUGUAACAUCAGAUGAGAUGCAAGAAAAGCUUAAAGAGCCUGUUGUUAAACUAAAAUACAGACCAAUAACCAACCUGUAUCGCAAAAUUACUGAUUGGCAGAACACUGUAGAUGAACAGAGAGUUCGUGUUUAUGGAAAUAAAGAGUUAUUAAGCUGAUGUUAUAAAAAUCGAUUUUUUAAUUCUCAAAACUUUUUUUAUUUUUGUAUUUUUGUAAAAUAAUUUUGUGUUGUGCUUAAUUUUUUUGUUUUUUAUUUGAUUUUAUUUAUUUUGUUGUUAAAAUAUUUCAUUGUUAAAGUAAUCAAUGUUUUGCUAAGGAUAUAAUAAACAUAUUUUUGUUUUUAACGUUUUAAUAGUUGUAUAAAUUACAAAUAAUGAAUAUUGCUGUUUUAAAUAAUUUUGUUAAUUAGAAUAUAAGUUGUGUGAUA